AUAUCUAUAGUUUUUUAUCGUUUACGCACGCAUUCAUAAUAUUUGGUUUACGACUAUAUUUUACUGUUAAGGUAUUUUUUAAGCUAACUUUAACUUGGAGUACGUGGGUUUGCGUAAAUGUUGCAUGAUGGAGUCAAACGGACACACGUUCUUGGACAAAGUGUGGGGUAUCGUAAAGGAAGAGGCCGGUCAUGAUACUCCGCUCAUCCAGUUUAAACAUCCAAAGGAAUUAGAGGAAAUAUUACGCGAAGAUCUGGACAUAUCAAAGCAGCUAAACGAUAGCCAACUCGAGAAAGCUGUGCGUAAAGUGCUACAAUACAGCGUAAAGACCAACAAGCCAACGUUCAGAAAUCAGCUGUACGGUGGGAUGGACCCCUACGGCCUCGCUGGAGCUUGGGUUGCAGAAGCAUUUAAUACUAGCCAAUAUACAUUUGAAGUAGCGCCAGUGUUCACUCUCAUAGAGAUCAAAGUUCUCGAACACGUUCUCAAGCUUUUUGGUAUCCCUAACGGCGAUGGCAUCUUCAGUCCCGGUGGAAGUAUAUCGAUGCUUUACGCGCUGGUGGCAGCUCGAUUUAAGGCGUUUCCUGAAAUCAAGAGGAAGGGGAUGCGUGGUUUACCUGAGUUGGUUAUAUUUACUUCGGAAGACAGCCACUAUUCAAUUUUGAAAGCAGCACAUUGGCUUGGAUUUGGUACAGAGAACGUUAAAGUUAUAAAAACGAAUGAUAGCGGUCAGAUGAAGUCAUCAGAACUUGAAACAAGUCUCCAACAAGAGUUGGCACUUGGGAGGCAUCCUGUCAUGGUAAACGCAACUGCUGGCACCACGGUUCUUGGAGCCAUUGAUGAAUUGGAGACUAUGGCAGCAAUCUGUGAGAAAUAUGGUGUUUGGAUGCAUGUCGACGCGUGCUGGGGUGGAAGUUUAAUGCUGUCUAAAAAGCUUCGUUCCAAGUUAAAAGGGAUAGAGCGUGCAAACUCUAUAUCAUGGAAUCCUCACAAAAUGAUGGGAGCGCCACUACAAUGCUCAGUGUUCCUUCUUCGCGAAAAGGGUCUAUUGCACGAAGCGAAUGCGGCCGCAGCGCAGUACUUGUUUCAACAGGAUAAGUUUUAUGACGUCAGCUAUGACACCGGGGAUAAGAGCAUACAGUGUGGAAGAAAGAUUGAUGCAUUCAAGCUAUGGAUGAUAUGGAAAGCUCGUGGGGAUAUCGGUCUUAGUAACCUCACAGACCACGUUAUGGAAAUAGCAGAGUUCUGUAUACAGACAGUUGCUCGGAAAGAAGGCUUCAGACUAGUAUCGGCACAUAUACAGUGCUCUAAUGUAUGUUUCUGGUACAUACCAACAUUCAUGAGGAAUCAAGAGGAAACCGAGAGCUGGUGGGACACCAUGCAUAAGAUUACCCCAAAGAUAAAGGAACAGUUGACGCUAAGAUCUCAAGCGAUGAUUGCGUACUCUCCGCUUCGACAACGCAAGAACUUCUUCCGUUUAGCAUUCACCUUUCAUCCUGUUCUAGAAGAGAAACACGUGCUUGAAAUACUGCAAGCCAUUGAGAAAUGCGGAGAAACGAUUACCGGAUCUAUGUUGUGACUUCAUCUUCCUUGAAUACUAAAAAUUAAGGGAAUUGCGUUACUGCGUGCUGUUUUUACCGAAUAAUUUAUUUACAACGAAACCAAGUACAAGUUAAUAAUCAGCAACAAACUAAUUUAACAUUGACAGAAACGAGAAUGCGAAUGUGUGUAAUUGCCUUAAAACGGGUGCCUACUAAAACAUUUGACACCAAUAACUUUGAUACACUCGAUGAAUUGAAUUGCGAGAUCCAUGAAGCAAAUAUUUUAUCUGCAAUACUGAUUUCUAAAUAUUUUAUAUAAAUAUAAGUUUUAUUGUUAAACACAGUUACAGGAUGGGCCAAUGGACAAUAUUAAUAGCGUGGGCGUGCAACACACUGCAGUUUUAUAAGGUUAAACAAAUUAUAGAGCAAAUAAUAU